AUGAACGCGCAAUUUCUACACACAGGCCUCGGUCUGGCCAACUAUUUACAGUCCGCGUUCGCUCCAGGGGUGGCACAUAACGGCGAUGUGCCCAGCGAGUUCGAGCAACCGUCGGGUCGUACGAGCCGGCCGCCUGCGAUGAUACGCUCACUCAUCGACUCCGGGAGGGUGUAUUUUCGCCUAUCUCAUCAGAAUGCGCUGAGCAACCUACUAUGUGUGUUCCUGCCCGUCGGCAAGGUCCGUAACCUUGUGCCUGACCUCUACAUCCCCGCCGUUUCGGUUGCAACGUUUCUGCUGCUUCGUUCGGUGUACAUAUUCUCAUCGGAUCCUGUACGCUUCAGCCUAAACGACCUGCUGGCUAGGUCGCUUACAAGGAUAAGCUUGGUGUCGGUGCUGGAGUUUCUCGUGCUGUCGGCCGUGCUUUAUGCGACGGGAUCUGUCCAAGCACCCAUGGACGACAUCUACCAGAUGCCAACGUCGCAUGCUAAAGCUCCUAACAACGUCUAUGGCAUCACAAAGGGGGAGAGCGGGAACUUUGGUUAUGGAGCCACGGAGCAACCAGGUGGAGGUGGUGGACCCUUCUUCGGCCAAUCUCCAGGUGCUGCAUUCAACAAAUCGGAUAGCCAAAACAGCAACUACGGGGCUGUGUCAAGCCCUUUCGAAAGCAUAAAUGCACAGCAAUCGCAAACAAUGGGUGCUGGCGUGUUCACGGGGUCCAUGGAUUCGGGCCAUCGUAACACCGGCGCCUCAUCGGGAAGGAACCAAGACGCCAACGGCGCCACAAAAUAUUUCGGCGACCACAUGAACAUGCCUCUUACAGGCCGGCCGACGCUCUACCUGGGACAGAAGCUGCUCAUCAUCGGCUACAAGUACGUGCUGCUGAACUGCUACAUUCUCUUAGUGUUGUUGGCACCGUUCCGCGGAGUGACAAUAACGGUAGCACUUUACGUGAGUUUGUGCUCGCUACUGUUCGCUUUAAGGACGAUACUGUCACUGAGGGUUGUGGAAGACCGCAGGGCUUAUCCGCUGCUGAUCAUCUUUCCGGUGCUGCAGCCGCUUUUCUGCUACGUGCUGCUUCCACGCGUCUGA